GUGAGAAAACGCACAAAAACAACUCGCAUCAGAAGACCGACCGGCUUCGGAGGAGAGGAUCGGCACGAAUAUCGGUUCUUCCAUUCCACUCUUAAACCGGUUCAGUUACCACCAUUUUACCGCCGAAACCGGAUCCAUUCAAAACCAACCCUAACCGGUCCACCAUCACGGUUCUCCUCUCCCAAAUCCAUUCAAUAAACCGUGAUUAUUGAUCAAUGGAGCAAAAUCUUGAACUGGUACCAAUUACAUCACAAAAACACGACCCAGCAUGGAAACAUUGUCAAUUGUUUAAGAAUGGUGAAAAAGUGCAACUUAAAUGCAAUUAUUGUCUCAAGUUUUUCAAAGGUGGUGGGAUUCAUAGGUUUAAGGAACACCUUGCUUGUCAGAAAGGCAAUGCUUCAAUGUGUAGUAGUGUUCCUGCUGAUGUAAGGCAACAUAUGCAGCAGAGUUUGGAUGGUGUUGUUGUGAAGAAGAGGAAGAGACAGAAGAUCGAGGAGGAGAUUAUGAAUGUUAAUCCUUUAGCUACUGUUUUGAAUGGUGGUAAUAAUCAGAUGGAUGUUAAUCAUCAUGGGGUGCAUGUGCAGCCUAUUGGAGUUCAUGAUCCAAUGGAACAGAAUCCGGUCUCGUGUCAGAUGUUUCAUUCGCCCGGUGAAGGAAUGAGUAGAAAUGUAGAGAGAAGGAAGAAGAUUAGAGCUACUAAGAAUCAGAAUCAGAAUCCGGCUGCGGUGGUUUAUAAUACGAACUAUGAGCCUGAACCUGUUGUUGCCCCCAUGGAGAAAAAUACAUUGUUUCCUACAAAGGUGGACCAUCAAAUUCAUAUGGCGAUAGGAAGGUUUUUGUAUGAUAUCGGUGCGCCUUUUGAUGCUGUGAACUCGAUAUAUUUUGAGCAGAUGGUUGAAGCAAUUGCUUCUGGGGGAUCAGGUUUUCAACGUCCAUCGCAUCAUGAACUUCGGGGAUGGGUUCUGAAAAAUUCUGUGGAAGAUGUGAAGAAUGAUGUAGAUAGAUGUAAGAUGACGUGGGGGAGGACUGGCAGUUCGAUUUUGGUUGAUCAAUGGACUACAGAAGCUGGUAGGAUACUGAUAAGUUUUUUGGCUUACUGUCCUGAAGGUGUAGUGUUUUUGAAAUCGUUGGAUGCGACUGAGAGAUUGAUUUCAGAAGAUUUUUUAUACGGGUUGAUGAAAGAAGUAGUAGAAGAAGUUGGAGUUGGGCAAGUUGUGCAAGUGAUUACAUCAGCUGAGAAAUGGUAUGCUGAUGCUGGGAGAAUGCUGACUGAGACUUACCCUAGCCUUUAUUGGAGCCCUUCUGCGGCUCAUUGCAUUGAUUUGAUACUUGAAGAUUUUGGAAAUAUUGAGUGGAUUAGUACAGUUAUUGAACAGGCUAAAUCUAUAACAAGAUUUGUCUACAAUUACAGUGCAAUUUUGAAUAUGGUUAAAAGGUAUACUUUGGGGAAUGAUAUUGUGGAUCCCUCUUUCUCUCGCUUCACGACAGACUUUACCACGUUGAAACGAAUGGUUGUUCUUAAACACAAUUUACAGGCCAUGGUUACUUCUCAGGAAUGGAUGGAUUGUCCAUAUUCAAAGGAAGCAGCAGGUUUGGAGAUGUUAGAUAUACUAAGCAAUCAAACAUUUUGGUCCUCGUGUGAAAUGAUUGUUCGCCUGACACAUCCUCUUUUGAGAGUUCUGAGAACAGCUUCAAGUGAGAUGAGACCUGCAAUGGGAUACACUUAUGAAGGAAUUUACCGGGCAAAAGAAGCGAUUAAGAAAGCACUUAUCAAAAGGGAGGAUUAUAUGGUGUUCUGGAAUAUUAUACAUCAAAGAUGGGAUAGUCUUUGGCAUCAUCCUCUUCAUGCUGCAGGCUUCUAUCUUAAUCCGAAAUUCUUUUAUAGCAUUCAAGGGGAUGUACCCAAUGAGAUUCGCUCAGGGAUGCUUGACUGCAUAGAGAGAUUGGUACCUGAUACAAGAGUCCAAGAUAAAAUUAGCAAAGAAUUAAACUUGUAUAAAUCUGCUGCAGGAGAUUUUGGGAGAAAGAUGGCAAUCAGAGCUAGAGAUAAUCUGCUUCCUUCUGAAUGGUGGUCAACAUAUGGAGGAGGCUGCCCUAACUUGUCCCGCUUAGCAAUUCGCAUUCUUAGCCAAACAUCAAGUGUGAUGUUCUGCAAGAGAAACCAAAUUCCUUUUGAACAGAUAAUCAAUACAAGGAAUUAUAUAGAGCGCCAACAUUUUACUGAUCUCGUCUUUGUUCACUACAAUUUACGGUUGAGACAAAUGUUUAUGAAUAAGGAGCAAGAAUCUAGCGAUCCUCUGUCAUUCGACAACAUUUGUAACGUUGAAGACUGGAUCGGGCCAAGGGAUUUGUACUUCGGAGAGUAUGGUAACUCGGAUUGGAUGGCACUUGAUUCAUCUUCCAUUAACACAAUGCCUUUAAGGUCUUUAAACGAUGAACCUGAAGAAAUGUGUGAAGGGUUUGACGAUGAUGAGAUUUUCAUUAGUCUGAAAGAUGAUGAGGAUGUGAAUUCCGGAGACAAGUUCGAAAACCAUUAGUGAAUGAUGAAAGGAACCAUGCUUGCUGACAGCUUCCAAUUUUAGUUUCGACAUGUUUUCCCCAAAUACUGGUUCGUAUGUGUUAAUCUUAAAAAUAGAGGGAAACUAGGGUGGAGUUUACUGGACAUGUGAGAGGAACCAAGUUAUUGUUGAUGUAUUAGUUGGUAUGAUUUGGAAGGUUUUUGUACAGUAUUUGAUAGUUUUGUAGUAUUUCUUACACUACUAGAGUUUACAACUUUUGCAAACUGGAACCUCCAUUUUUAUUUUUAUUUGCUAAGAUUAUGAAUUGUUGAAAGCUAA